AUGAACCUGAGAGAAAAUGAAGAGCAGUGGCCAGCGGUCACGUUACAUAAGCGCGGGCGGCGCCUCUGCCGGGGAGCGGAGCCGGCGGCCCGGCCCGGGACCGGAGCAGGGGGCGGCCCCUCCUCCUGCCGAGCCGGCCGGAAGCGCCGCUGCCCGCACCGGACAUGGCGGCCGCGGCGCCGGAAGCCUUCCCGCCGCUCCCGUGAUGCCCCGCGGCGGCGCCCGUUCGAGCGGCGGCGCCCGCCCCGCGCCGAGCAGGAGGCGGCUUCUCCCCGGCCCUGGAUGGCCGCGGCGGGGCGAAGCAGAAGCGAGCCGGGGGCGGCGUGUCCUCCGGGGCGGGUGCCGUUCCCGGGCGCCGUGUGCCGGGAGAGCGGCUGCCGCUUCGCCCGCCACCUCCUCAAGCGCGUCCUGGAGCGGCGGCAGCAGCUCCCGCUGCCCUACGAGCGGCUCGGCUGCUUCUGCCGCCGGGUGAGCGGCCGGGAGGGAGCCCCGGGGGCCGUUCUGCCCCGGCCGCGCGUGUCUGAGCGCGGCAGCCGCUCCUCGAGCCGAGCGCUCGCUGGGGCCGCGUCCUUCGGUGCCCCCGCGGCGGCGUUUGGGAACGGAGCUCCGGGUGAAGGGCCGGGAGGCCUCAGCCGCUUCCUGGGGGUCUGUCGUUGUCCCCCUUCCUGCUCAACGCCCGUCACUGGCAGGACAGCAGGAAGGUGACAAGGAAUGAUCUACGGGGACUCGAGGAUGCUCUUCAGCCCAGGCCAAGGAGGAGCCACGGCACAGCAGCCUCCCCCGCACUGACCGCUACCCGCAACGGUACAAACCCGAACCCACCCACUGGUGUGUACUGGUGUGGGAGAAUGGCAUCAUGGAGGUGAGAGGCCAGAGAGGGGGGUGGGACCUCAUGGAGUUGAUCCCUGCCUGUAUCCCCACCCGUAUGCGGUACCUCUGCCCAUAUCCUCUCCCGUAUCCGGUAUCUCUGCCCAUAUCCCCACACGUAUGCACUAUCUCUGCCCGUAUCCUCACACGUAUGCGGUAUCUCUGCCCAUAUCCCCACACGUAUCUGGUACCUCUGCCCAUAUCCCCAUCCGUAUCCAGUCUCUCUGCCCUUAUCCCAACCCGUAUAUGCUAUGUCUACCCUUAUCUCAACCCGUCUCUGGUCUCUCUGCCCAUAUCCCCACCCGUAUCCAGUCUCUCUGCUUGUAUCCCUACCUGUAUCUGGUCUCUCUACAAAAAAAUACAUCUUAAAUAAAAUAUUUGUAAUUUUCUUCAAACAAAAUAGAUUAAAAUGCUAAAAUUUGAGCUCUUUACAGAAAACAACACUAUUCUUGUCAAGUCUCUUUCACAAUCUGUGUAUUCCCAAUAAAGGGAUAUGGUCGCUUAAUCUAACUAAAAGGCCACACUCAGUGGAGCACUUCCUUUGGCCUCAGUAAACUCUAGAUCAGACCCUUAAAACUUUAGUUGUGGGCCACAACAGAACAAUAACGUUUUGAAAAUUUUCAGUCUACUGGCUUGUAAAUUCUGUGAGAUGGCUAAACUGAAAUGAACCAGUGGCUUAUUCCCAGAAGUGAUAUAAUUUAUAUAAACUACUAUUACUAUCACUUAAUAAAUAUUAAACAACUCAACUGGUUUCAAUAAUGCAGAAUAUUUGAGCAUUGGCAGGUGUACUGGGAUGCAAAUAAUAUGGCAUUAAAGAUGUGUUGUAACUUGACUGAGCCAUACAGGAUAACUGCUAUCAUCUCCUCUGUACUACUACACUACACCUUCCUCAUAGAAUCAUCAUAGAAUCACCAGGUUGGAAAGGACCCACUGGAUCAUCGAGUCCAACCAUUCCUAACACUCCCUUAAACCAUGUCCCUAAGUACUUCAUCCACCCGUUCCUUAAACACCUCCAGGGAAGGCCACUCGACCACCUCCCUGGGCAGCUGUUCCAGUGCCCGAUGACUCUUUCCGUGAAGGAUUUCUUCCUGAUGUCCAGCCUGAACCUCCCCUGGCGGAGCUUCACGCCAUUCCCCCUUCUCCUGUCCUCUGUCACUUGGGAGAAGAGCCCAGCUCCCUCCUCUCCACAACCUCCUUUCAGGUAGUUGUAGAGAGCAAUAAGGUCUCCCCUCAGCCUCCUCUUCUCCAGGCUAAACAAUCCCAGCUCUCUCAGCCGCUCCUCGUAGGACUUGUUCUCCAGCCCCUCACCAGCUUCGUUGCUCUUCUCUGGACACGCUCCAGAGCCUCAACAUCCUUCUUGUGGUGAGGGGUCCAGAACUGAACACAGUACUCAAGGUGCGGUCUCACCAGUGCUGAGUACAGAGGGAGAAUAACCUCCCUGGACCUGCUGGUCACACCGUUUCUGAUCCAAGCCAAGAUGCCAUUGGCCUUCUUGGCCACCUGGGCACACUGCUGGCUCAUGUUCAGUUGCUGUCAACC